AUGGCCGAGACACGCUCUCCUCCCGAGGUCACCACAUCCACGCUUCCCACCCUCGACGUUCAAUACGAAAACAAAUUCAAGGAUUACGAGCUCUCAGAUAUUACACAUAUUGUCAUACAUCUAUCUGAUACACACAUCAGGAACAUCAUGAAUUCAAAUACCGAUAUCUCCAAUGAGUACGGCAACCAAGGUUAUUUGGAUAUUGUCAGGAAGAUGCUCUCCGUGACGUUCUUCGGAAACGAAAACCAGCUGGAAUGGCUCGGCACCGAGCGCCUUGGUAGACGGAAGUUCGUUGCAUUCACCAACAUCAAAAAUAAAGAGAAGUGGGUUCAGAACCAGAGCCUGAGAUACGGAAAGCUGAAGAUGGUUGAAGUCAUGUUCAUGCGGACCAACCCUCGGGAGACACAGAAGAUCUUCUGGAGGCCUGCCAGAAAGAUUGUCUUUCGUCAUGUUCUGAUUAAAGUGCGUAACUCGGUUGAGAAGGCCCGGGUUCGAGCUGCGACAACACGAGCGGGUAUGAUCUCUCAGAAACUGGCAUAUAGGCUGCGGAAGUGUUCGGCUUCAGUAUGA